ACAACACGGAAGUGAGGGAUUUACAUCGUCGGCUGCAGAUCCCGGAGCUUCAUCUUCACCUGAGAGAAGGUCUCCCGUGUAGAGGGGGUGGAGUGAAUAAGGUUCAUCAGUUUCUCUGGGAUGAUGACAUUUAGUUAAACCUCUCAGUACGCCAAUGGAGGCUCCGGUCACGGCUCCCAACUCCUCCACUCAUCCUCCACCGAUCCCCCUGCAUCCGGCCGUCGCCCCGUCGGUGCAGCUUGGCUUCACCAUCCUCUACACCGCUUUGUACGCCGGCCUCUUCCUGGUGGUUUACGGGCAGCUGUGGCUUCUCUACCUCUACAAACACAAGAGAUGGAGCUACCAGAGUGUCUUUCUCUUUCUCUGCCUGCUGUGGGCUGCCCUUCGCACCACGCUCUUCUCUUUUUACUUCCAUAACGCUCUGCAAGCCAACCACCUACCUGUUGCAGUCUUCUGGCUGCUCUACUGCUUCCCUGUGUGUUUGCAGUUUUUUACUCUUAGCCUUAUUAGCCUGUAUUUCACUCAGGUAUUACUCAAAGCAAGAGAGACUUACAGCUCCGAAGUGGGCAAACGACUGUGGCUGGCACGGUGUAUGUACGGUGCUCUGAGCACCAUCUUCCUCACCAUCAACGUGGUGUGUGCAGCUCUCGGCGACCGAGGCAGCAGAGGAGGGGCAGGAGACCGGACCUGGAAUCUAGUCCUGGUUCGAGUGCUAGUCAAUGACUUGCUCUUCAUCCUGGACGCGGUGCUGCUGGCUGUCGUGCUGCUGCUCCUGACCCGACACUCGCGCUCCACCAGCCCCUACCUGGUCAGCAAGGGGACCACAGUGUGUCGGACAGCAGCACUGGGAAUAGCAGUGAUCUUCUUGUUUGCCAGCCGAGCCUGCUACAACCUGACAGUCCUCUUUCUGUCCCAGACCCAUCGGGUGGAGUCCUUCAACUUUGACUGGUACAAUGUCUCCGACCAGGCUGACUUACGCAACGAACUGGGCGACCGCGGCUACCUGGCCUUCGGUGCCAUCCUCUUCGUCUGGGAGCUGCUCCCAACCGGCCUGCUCAUCCUCAUCUUCAGAGUCCGCCGGCCUGCUCAGGAGAGCAGCAGCUUGGCCGUCAACAACAGGGUCCUGCCUCGUCCUUACUUCUUUGACGACCCUCAAGCCAGCGACGAGGACAUUCCUGCUCCGUGGGCUCACAACUCACAUUCACAAUCAAGCUGGUACGGCUCGGAGACGGCUCCCCUCCUGUUCUCCAGCAAUCCUCCCGACCAGCACCACUCUUUCUACUCCACCCCUCAGAACUGAUCACUCUCCGGGUGUCCUCGACCGCGUUCCCCCCCCUGACAGGACGACCCACACACAGCUACCAGCCAGUAGUACCUCCCUCUGUGAGCAGAUUUGCACUGAAAACCUCAGGAAAUCACCUCCACAGUGACGAUGCACCUUGUAGUUUUAAAACAAAGAGUAUAUUUGAAACGUGUUGCUGAAAAAAGGGAUCAAACUUGGUGGGCAAAAGCUCUGCCAGACUUGAACGGGCAAAUAUUGUUCUCAGCCAGCUUCUUAUGAAGGUUAAGCUGAGAUUUCGACACUUUGUCCGCUUGUUUUAUGUCAGUAAUUACCCCACUGUGGAUUUACAGCUCUUACAAUUCCUAAAUAUGGCACAUUUAACCUCGUCUGCAUUCCUUAAUACACGUGAAGUGAUGUCGUUUUACAGCCUCGAGUGUGUCGGGAACAGACUCAAAUACAAACGAGCUUUUGAGAUUUGUAGCAAAGUAUAUUUUUUCAGGACCAGUAACGUCUGUAGACACAUUUAAUAAUUGUCUUUACAUCUCUUGUUUUCUAAUCUCAGACCUCGACAUUGAUGAUGCAGGUGUCACUGCACUUUUUUUUUUCUUUUCGGGCGUUCCUCUGGUUUGUUUGUACAAAGUUCUGUUAUUUUAAAAAGCUGAUUUUGAUUCCUUUCCUGUAUAAUUGUGUUUUGAUGAAUGUUUAACUUAUUUUAUAACGACGGUUCUUCCUUUAAUUGUAGCUUAAAAACAAUCUAAUGUUGCUCUCCGUAAUGGCUUUUUCUUUUUUUUCUUUUUUUUUUUGUGGUGAGAACAUUCCUCAUAGUGAGUCACCAAAUGACAGACACUGACUUUGCAAACCUCAAACCAAUAAAAACAUCAAAACGAA